GGGUGAGCUGACCGCCCCUGCCAGCCCAGAUUUUUGCAAUGCCAGGGCAGUGAGGAGGUGGAUUUAAUUUCGUCGUCUUGCACGGUAGCAUGGCUCCGGUCCGGAGGGAAGGCAGAUGGGAGAUGAUCUUUCUGUCGGGAUGUGUACUUCUGUCCGUUUGGGGAUUGCAACCGGCGCUGUCGAAAGUCUGCAACGACUACACGGGGCACGGACAGGACAACUCUUGGUACAUGGGCAAAGACAAGAAGCUGCCUAUCAUGGUGCUGAUGCCGAUGAACGAGUCUGCGCUGAUGAGCGGCAUCAGUCAGGGCAUCGAGCCCGCCGUCGAGCUGGCCAUCAGGCACAUACGCGAGUCCCGGCAGUACUCCUUCUCACUUGUCACCAAAAUCUACGACACUGAGUGUGAUAAUGCAAAGGGAUUGCGGGCCUUCUUCGAUGCCAUCUGCUACGGGCCGAAACACCUGAUGAUCUUUGGCGGGGUGUGUCCAUCCGUGACGUCCAUCAUCGCCGAGUCCCUAGAGGGCUGGAACCUGGUGCAGCUGUCGUUUGCUGCCACCACACCUGUCCUGGCUGACAAGAAGAAGUACCCCAAUUUCUUCCGGACUGUUCCGUCGGACAAUGCCGUCAACCCCGCCGUGGUCAAGUUAAUCAGCUUCUACAACUGGAGUCGUGUGGGCACCCUCACCCAGGAUGUCCAGCGUUUCUCGGAGGUCCGUAACGACUUGACCAGCGAGCUGGAGAAGGCCGACAUCCAGAUCGCCGACACCGAGAGCUUCUCCAACGAUCCUUGCAUCAACGUCAAGAAGCUGAAGGAUAAUGAUGUGAGGAUUAUAAUCGGGCAGUUUGAUGAGCACUUAGCCUCCAAGGUCUUCUGCUGUGCCUACAACCUGAACAUGUAUGGCAGUAAGUACCAGUGGAUCAUCCCGGGCUGGUACCAGGGCAACUGGUGGGAGCAGGCCAACUCCACCAACUGCACCACCAAGAAGCUGCUCACGGCCAUGGAGGGCUACAUCAGCGUAGACUUUGAGCCGCUCAGCGCCCGCCGGAUCAAAGGCAUAUCUGGACGGACGCCACAGGAGUACGAGCGCGAGUACCAGCGCGAGCGCGAGCAGAAGGGCGUGGAGCCCAGCAAGUUCCACGGCUUCGCCUACGACGGCAUCUGGGUGAUCGCCAAGACGCUGACGCGCGUCAUGGAGCAGCUGCAGGAGCGCGAGCACAAGGAGCGCAACUUCACCGCCGACGACCCCGAGGUGGGCCGCCUCGUCCUGGACAUCAUGAACGAGACCAACUUCUUCGGCGUGACGGGUCAAGUCAUGUUCAGGAAUGGAGAGCGGAUGGGGACCAUUAAAUUUAAUCAGUUUCAGGAGGGGCAGGAGGUGAAGGUGGGGGAGUAUAACGCCAUCGCAGACGUGUUGGACCUUAUCAACAACUCCAUCAGGUUUCAAGGCGUGGAGCCCCCUAAGGACCGGACAUUUGUGCGUCUGCAGCGCUGGCAUAUCAGCGUGCCGCUCUACAGUAUCCUGUCCACCAUCACCAUCCUGGGCAUGCUCAUGGCCGGAGCCUUCCUCUUCUUCAACAUCAAGAACCGCAACCACAGGCUGAUAAAGAUGUCCAGUCCGUACAUGAACAACCUGAUCAUCCUCGGGGGAAUGCUCUCCUACGCCUCCAUCUUCCUCUUCGGCCUGGACGGCUCCUUCGUCUCCGACAAGGAGUUUGAGACCCUCUGCACUGUCCGAACAUGGAUCCUCAUCGUGGGCUACACGACCGCUUUCGGCGCCAUGUUCGCCAAGACCUGGAGAGUCCACGCCAUCUUCAAGAACGUGAAAAUGAAGAAGAAGAUCAUUAAGGACCAGAAGCUGCUGAUUAUCGUGGGCGGCAUGCUGCUGAUAGAUCUCUGCAUCCUGAUUUGCUGGCAGAUUGUGGAUCCGCUCAAGAGGACGGUGGAGGAGUACAGCUUGGAGCCGGACCCCCAGGGACGAGACAUUGCGAUUCGGCCCUUCCUGGAGCACUGUGAGAACACACACAUGACCAUUUGGCUGGGGAUCGUCUACGCCUACAAAGGCCUCCUGAUGCUGUUUGGCUGUUUCCUGGCCUGGGAGACGCGCAACGUGAGCAUCCCGGCGCUCAACGACAGCAAGUACAUCGGCAUGAGCGUCUACAACGUGGGCAUCAUGUGCAUCAUCGGCGCCGCCGUCUCCUUCCUGACCCGCGACCAGCCCAACGUCCAGUUCUGCAUCGUGGCCCUGGUCAUCAUCUUCUGCAGCACCAUCACCCUCUGCCUGGUGUUCGUGCCCAAGUUCAUCACCAUGAGGACGAACCCGGACGCGGCCACGCAGAACCGGAGGUUGAACUUCACGCAGAACCAGAAGAAGGAGGACUCCAAGACCUCCACGUCGGUGACCAGCGUCAACCAGGCCAACACGUCGCGCCUCGACGGCCUCCAGACGGACAACCACCGCCUGCGCAUGAGAAUAACAGAGCUUGACAAGGAGUUGGAGGAGGUGACCAUGCAGUUGCAGGACACUCCUGAGAAGACCCCUUACAUCAAGCAGAACCACUACCAGGACCUCAACAACAUUCUCAGCAUAAGCAACUUCACAGAGGGCAAAGAAGGUGAGAAGGCCGUCCUUAAGAACCACCUGGAACAGAAGCCUCAGGCCCAGUGGGGCUCCAUGGAUCCUUCUAGAAUAAGCAGAGGUCCACUGGAGGACAUUAACUCGCCUGAGCAUGUCCAGCGCCGGCUCUCUUUGCAGCUGCCCAUCCUGCACCACGCCUACCUGCCCUCCAUAGGGGGGGUGGACGCCAGCUGCAGCAGCCCCAACGCCAGCCCCGGAUCCAGCCCGCGGCACAGACACAUGCCCCCCUCCUACCGGGUCAUGGUGUCGGGCCUGUGA